AUUCGAACAAAAUGCCAAAAAGAAGAUCAUGCAUUUUAAUAUGGAAUCCUGUCACAUGGUUUGAAUUUUUUUUUCUUUUUGGCCAUAUACUAUUGAUCAUCCGUAAAAAAAAGAUAAUUCCUAUUAUAUAAGAAAUCAUUGGCAUUUUGUCCUAAUGGAGCACUUCAUCCUUUACCGAGAAAAAGGUGACAAUUCAUCUGGGGAAUGCCAAGGCCAAUUGUUCCCGUCCGCUGUGUAAGUUCCAAAAGAGGGUGCCUGUGCUGUUGAAAUUCCGCUUCACAGAGAAAAUUUUCUAACGCGCUCAACUUUUUUUUUUCUUCUUCUUCUUCUUCGUUUGUUUCUCAUAUUUUAUCGUUUUAUUCAUUGACUUACACAAUUUACUUAUCUUAUGAAACGAUCUGCAUACGAACGACAACUUGCCGAAGAUAAAGCAAUACUAAGUCGACCGGAUCCCGAUGCCAAAUUACGUCUCCAACGUGCUGACUCGAAACGAUCUUCCAAACAACAGCAACAACAACAACAACAACAGCAACAAAAAACCAGUGAAGAAAAUAAUGCAGAACUCGAAAAGUUAAGGGAACAGAUGAGACGUGAUGUACAAAAUUACAAAAAAGAAAUCAUUACCUCUGGUAUUUAUAAUGACACAUAUGAAUAUAGGCAUAUCAUUCUUCCCAAACAAAUUGCUCGUUAUCUCCCUGAUAAGAAAUACAAGAUCUUGUUACAAGAAAAGGAAUAUCGUCGACUAGGUGUGAACAUAUCAUCAGGAUGGCAACAUUAUAUGACCCAUCAACCCGAACCCAAUAUCCUCUUGUUAAGACGCAGCUUUGAAGAUGCAAAAAGAUUAGCUGAAGAACGAAAGGAAUAUCUUCGACAAAAAGAACUCCAGAAUAAGAAAGCAGCAGAAGUUGAAGCAUCGGGAUCGGCCGAAAAGGUGAAGGAUCAAUCAUUGACAACAGAAACAUCAAGUGAUAUCAAAAACACGCGAAGGAAAAUAACAAAUACCUCAACAACUAUGUCUGGUCAAGAGGCACCAGAACAAGGCGACAGUCAAAGCAAAUAGGCUAUUCAUGAUGACCCCCCUUUCUUCUACUUUAUCUUUAUCUUUAUUACCCAUAUGUACAUUCUGUUUAUAGUUCCAUUCUUUAUCAUUAGUAUAGUCUAUCCUUAUUUUCUUCUUCUUUUUCAAAAUAAAAAAUUAUCACCAGCGGACUUCCAAC